AUGGUCUCAGCAGUCUGCCUGACGCGGACGAGGACUUUCCCAGCGCUUUGCGCUUGCUGCUUGUGCCUGGGAGCAGUGAAUAGCAUGUCUAGAGCCUGGGUGACGUGUCCCAGGCGGGAUGCGGCGCUCGGCUACUAUACUGCUGCGCUGAAGGGCGCGGCCAGAGUGGCAAGCUCCGACUUUGACUCUCAGAGCUCCAGCUUCCGGCGGCUAGCGAGGCUCCAUUUCCGUGCUGUGGAGCUUCGACGCCAGAAGAAGUGGGAUGGAGCGUCGAACGUGUACCGCGCGGCAAUUGGAUUAUAUAGAACCAUGCCGCCAGCGAAGGAGGUGCCUUCCUUCGCUGCUGCUGCAUGCACCUGGCUGAAUUUAGCAUUGACAGAAAAGAACAACGGUCACUUCGACGCUGCCCGACGUGUCUUUCAAGAUGGCACGCGAUUUGUCCAAGAACAAAUGCAGAAGGAGCUCGAUGUGCGUAUUGAUGGCCAGCACAGAGUACGCUCCGGGACGCAAGUUCAAGCGUCCAGCCGUGAUAUCCAGGUGGCCUGCAAAUGGCUUGCCACUUUGCUGGUGUCUUGGGGCUUGCUGGAAACCCAGCGAGGGUGGUGCGGGGCGGCUAAGCUGCCCGCGGACGAUCCGAAUCACAGUGCUGAGUCACCCGGCCUGGCCUACCGGUGCUGUGGUCAUGCCUCGAUGUUCCUUUCCAUUUUAGCUGUUGGCAUCUUUGUGGCGAACAUCAGCACGCUGUGGGACAGCUCGCUUUCGACGGCCUGGGCAACUCCGAGAAGCCCCAGCCAAGAGUCAGCCGUCGGAUACUACACCGCAGCGCUGCGAGGAGCUGCCACAGUCACCGGCCCAGAAAGCUCGGCCUUUCAGAGACUAGCGCGGCUCCAUUACCACGCCGUGCAGUUGAGACGCGAGAGGAAGUGGGCUGGAGCAUCGGCCGUGUACCGCACGGCCAUCGCCUUGCAAGAGCACAUGCCUCCGGCGAAAGAGGUGCCGGCCUGCGCGGCAGCUGCAUGCACCUGGCUUAACUUAGCGCUGACAGAGCAGAACAACCUUCGCUUCGACAAAGCCCGCGAAGCUUUCCAAAAUGGAACUCAAUACGUCCAAGAGACCAUGCAGAAGGAGUUGAAAGUUUGGAUUGAUGGGCAAAGCCGGCUGCGUUCUCGAACUCUCGCACAGGCAGAAUGCGCAGAUGUCGCCGUGGCGUGCAAAUGGCUUGCCACUCUCCUAGUGGCCUGGGGCCUCCUGGAGACCAAGCGAGGCUUCCGGGCCCGCGCCAAGGUGCUGGCCGAGCGAGCUGCCACACUGGAUGGAAAUAAAGCCAAGGUCCUUUCCUGGAAGGUGAUCCAAGGACUGUGA